AUGUACAUGAAGUCCAAUGUCAUGAAAAUCCUGUUCAUAACUUUCUGUGUCAGCGGGGUUCUCGCUGUGGAGGCACAGAGUUGCAAAGAUGUUGUUGCUACAAGUGAAGCAAAAAGUGUUGUCGUGCAAAGCAAUGUCACCGGCUGUCAGUACCGAGUCACAUCGGAUUCGGGUAAAACGGUGAAGGUCUACGUUAACAGCACAAGUGGUACCAAAUGUGUGACGGUUGCCAGUGGAGGCGUAUCGGAAACUCUAUGCCCCCAAGGGACGAACAAUCAGUUUACAUCCCAGGAACCAAUUGAAGUGAGUGCAGAGUCGGGGACUACAACUACUGCUGCAGCCACGACAGAAGCAAGUACAGCGGAAAUAACGACAGCUGCGACCAAACCAGGAGGGGAUUCGGAACCAAAACUAGAUGGAUCCAACGUAGAUAAAAAAGCGGACGGAAAGUCCAAAACAGAGGAAAAGCAGGAAAAGCAAGCUGAUUCUGAAGGAAAAGCAAACGAGCUACAAGGAAAACAGAAGCAACCCGAUAAUAAGAACGGAGAUAUGGAGAACCAUCCACCCGCAGGUCCGCAAGACCCAAAUUUGGAGGAGGGAAGGAUUCCGGUUCCUGUUAAACUACUUCGACGUACCAGAGACAUCUCCAAUACUGAUGUAACAGUGUACUAUGUCUUGGAGGUGCAUGAAAAGCAGCAAAAGCAACCACCAAAAGUUUCAAACGAGGAGAUGGUGAAAGAUUCCCCCAUAAGUCCGAAUCAAUCGGAGCAACAUCCGAAAAAUCCAGACGAAAGCAUUGCGGCUCCGAGUAAACUAACUCAAAAGGCCAAAGAUACCGCCAAUACCGACGAUACCGUAUACUACGUAUUAGGUGGGUAUUGCAAAGCAGCGAUAAGUUUGUACAAAGUGCAGCGUAUUGCAGAUCGACUGUUCAAGGAAAAAUGUGCAGCUGCUGACACUUGA